AUGAAUAAUUCUAAGAUCACAUUAUAUGUGAUGUCUUGUUGGAUUUUUGCUGCUUUUGGUGGAUUGAUGUUUGGUUACGAUAUUGGUAUUUCAGGAGGAGUUUCUGCUAUGGAUGAUUUCUUGAUUAAAUUCUUUCCACAUGUUUAUCAAACAAAGUUACAUGCUAAAGAAAAUAACUAUUGCAAAUAUGAUAAUUGGCUUCUCCAACUCUUCACUUCAUCCUUAUACAUAUCGGCUCUUUUCGCGAGUUUUUUUGCUUCAAAAGCCGCUACUAAAUUAGGAAGAAAGAUAACUAUUUUGAUCGCGUCAAUUUUUUUCAUUGUUGGAGCGGUAUUGAGUGCUGUCGCGGAGAACAAGUUGAUGCUUAUUUUUGGUAGAAUUUUGUUUGGUGUUGGUGUUGGAUUCGGAAACGAGACUGUUCCGUUGUUUUUAACUGAAGUUGCACCAAUCCAACACAGAGGAGCUGUGAAUAUCAUGUUUCAAUUAUUUGUGACAAUAGGAAUAUUCAUAGCAAAUCUUGUUAACUAUGGAACUUCAAUGAUACAUCCAAAUGGUUGGAGAAUGUCACUUGGAUUUGCAGCUAUUCCCGCGGUGAUUCUGUUUAUUGGUAGUUUUGUGAUCACUGACACCCCUACGAGUCUAGUUGAGCGUGGUAAUGAGGAACAAGGGAAGUCCACGCUCAUGAAGAUUAGGGGUGUCAGUGAUGUUGAGGCUGAGUAUAAAGAAAUCGUGGCAGCGUGUGAACAAGCCAAGCAACAACCUUCAGAUCGUGUUUUCCGAUUAACUAACUGUUGGAUCGGGUUGAAAUUUGUACUGAGUGUUCCUGACAUCUUGGUGGUUGAUUUGAACGGUGAUGAUCGGAUUCGGAAGUUAGAAAGAUGGGUGUUCAUCUUGGCGGGCGUAGUUCUAGCCGCAACCGUUUUGACAGUAAUGAAGAUUUUUGUUGGAGAAAUUGUUUCAGAGAAGUUCUCUGUAUUGAUACAUAGAUUUGAUGGAGGAGAUUAUGGAGAGGAGAAACAAGCUGUUGAAGAUUAUGUGAAGAUGGUGAUCAAAUUUAUUUUGUUUGCUUUGCUAGCUUCCGCGUUACACCUGCCCAUUUUGGCCCUAACAGAAACAAGGACAACUGGUUUUGCAUUCGCGGUCAGCACAAACAUGCUCUUCACUUCUAUCAUUGCACAACUUUUCUUGACUAUGCUUUGCACUAUGAAAGCCUACAUUUUCUUCUUUUUUUCCGGAUGGAUCGUUGUCAUGGGAUUAUUCGUCUUCUUCUUCUUACCUGAAACGAAGGGAGUUCCGAUUGAUUCCAUGGUCGAAAGAGUGUGGAUGCAACACCCUAUUUGGAAGAGACUAUUCUAA